CGGGUUUUCCUCCCUGGCUGUGGAAGCACGAGCGGAUACAUUUGUGUGCGGGAACUGUAGUCGAACCACGGCCGGAGAGCAUAUGGUUGGAUUUAGCAAAUGUUCAGGAACCCACCGCUUCUUCGUCUACUUCUCAUCUACCUGCUCCUCCAGAAGUGACUAUUGGUACCGUCGAUUCCUCCCAGGGGUCCCUUCCCCCGCAACACGGUCUGCUGACAAACCUCCGCUGUUCCCCUCCUCUCUGCUGUCCCUCUCCCCUCUCGCCACGGUCCUAGCCCCCAUCCUAGGCAACAUGUCCAUCACCCUGAAGCAGGUCUUCAACAAGGACAAGACCUUCCGCCCCAAGCGUAAGUUUGAGCCGGGGACGCAGCGUUUCGAGCUGCAUAAGAAGGCCCAGGCAUCGCUAAGCUUCGGGGUUGACCUGAGGGCGGCGGUUGCUCUGCCCCACGGGGAGGAUCUGAACGACUGGGUGGCAGUACACGUGGUGGACUUCUUCAACAGGAUAAACCUCAUCUACGGGACGGUGUGUGAGUUCUGCACGGAGAAGAGUUGUCCGGUCAUGUCCGGAGGUCCUAGGUAUGAGUACCGAUGGCAGGACGAUCACAAGUACAAGAAACCAACGGCUCUACCGGCUCCCAAGUACAUGAACUUGCUGAUGGACUGGAUAGAGGUCCAGAUCAACAAUGAGGAUAUCUUCCCCACCAGCAUGGGUAUCCCCUUCCCCAAGAACUUCAUCCAGAUCUGUAAGAAGAUCAUCUGCCGUCUGUUCCGGGUGUUUGUCCACGUCUACAUCCACCAUUUUGACCGUAUGAUCCUGAUGGGAGCUGAGGCCCAUGUUAACACCUGCUAUAAGCACUUCUACUACUUCAGCACAGAGCUCAACCUCAUAGACCGCAAGGAGCUGGAGCCACUG